AUGGCUGGGACUCAAAAUCAGAGUGCCAGUGCCACUCCCGUUUCUCCGGCUCCUGUAGGGGCUCAUAGAAACAGACUGACAGAAUGUUUUGACGAUAUCAUGAAAGUCGCUGCAGAGAUGAUGGUUCAACAACAGUUGAAAACAGUUCAAUUAGAUUCAGCAGUAGUCAAUGGAUUUAGCCAGGCUCAACAGAGGGUACUGAGUGAAAAGAUACACAUGUUUCAUGCCAUACUAGAUGAUUUACAGACUACUUUGACCAAGAGUAAGAGUUACGUGGGGACCAUCCAUGAGAUUGCACUGGAGAAGCAGAAAGUUAAGGAGAAGGAACGUGCAGACUUGAGGAAACGCCAAGAGGAGGAAGAACAACGAAAGAAUAAAGAACAGGAAGAAAAAGCGAGACGUGAGGAAAUGGAAAAGAAAGCCGAUGGACAACGACAGCAACAGUCAAGACCGGACACAGGCUUGGGUUUCCCACUCGAGACUGGUGGUGGAAUCUUGCCCGAUUUUUCAGCUGCAAGUCGAGACUUUGGUGGUUCACCAAGCCUACCGAUUAGUGUGAAUCAAAGUGCGGCUGCGACCACACCGAGACCGAUUCCAGAUUCACAGCCAUCACCUCAAUCCGAGUUGCAACAGUCACGCGCAAGUGAUUUGGGUGGAAUGAGUAAUAUGGAUAUCUCUAUGUUCCCCGGGUUGGAAAGUUCUGGUUUCGAUAUGGGUAAUUUCAACAACGGUACAAACGGUACAAGUAGGCCCGUAGAGUCGACAGAGACAACAGAAAGAAAUGGUGAACCUAAUACGAAUGAAGAACCUGGUGCUCUCUCGAUGGGAGAUAAUGGCGAAGAUUACUUAACUUUGAACGAUUUCAAUGACAUGAAUAUAGGUUGGAGCGCUGGGGGAGAUUCCGGCGAUUUGGAUCUCAAUGGGUUCAAUAUAUAG